AUGACUGGCAAAAAGGCCAAGAGAGUCCAUUUAAUGAAUAAGAACAGGGUGAUCACCAGCCUGGCCAGCUCCAGCCCACCACCACCAAGUGCAAGUGCAGAGCCCAUGCUGGCCCAGCUCUUACCCUCCAACACUAAGAGAAGGGGCAACACGGCCUUUCUCGAGUGCCAAGUGAACGUGAAUCCCUUCGAAUACGCUUACAUCCACUGGUAUCGCCAGAGGCCCGGAGAGCGGCUCGAACGGAUUCUCUAUCUCUCGUCCAAUGAUAACGUUAUCCAUGAGGACGGUAUCAGUGAGGAGAGGUAUGAGGCCAAGAAGAGGGGAAGCGACUCCUCCGCCAGCCUCAGGAUCCACCAAGUCACAGAGGCAGACGGGGGGCUCUACUACUGUGCCUGCUGGGAUAGCACUGGCUGGGUCAAAAACUUCGGAGAAGGAACUCAGCUCAUAAUUCUUCAGAGUGAGUCUCCUUUCAAAAAAAAGCCACCGAAGCCCAUAUUUUUUCUCCCUACUUCGGAGGAGAUUAAGCAAAAACAAUCGGGGACCUACAUUUGCCUCCUGGAGGAUUUUUUCCCCAAUGUCGUUAAAACGUAUUGGAAAGAAGAUGGGAACGCACAGCCUCUGGAUGCCCAGUUUGGACAGAUCACUGGGAGUGGAAAUUCAUACUCCCAGGUCAGCUGGCUGACAGUGAAGGAAGACGUGUUGCGGAAAAAUCUCACCUACUUCUACCAGCAUGAGGACUUGGGCACAGAACCUAAGGAAGUGUCGAUUCCUUCAGUCUGGGGAAAAGUUUUCUCCAAAGAGUCUCCUUCAGGAGCCUGCGAGGAUACUCAAAGGAAGGCUAAAGGUAAGCUUCCCAUGAGUCUCGAGGAGCUGCAUUUUGCCAACAUGUCAGCCUAUUACACCUACACCCUCCUGCUUGUGAAGAGUAUCACCUACUUCAUCUUUAUCCUCUUCUUCCUGUACCAGAAGACAAUGGACAGGAGCCCAAAGGCAAAGUAG